GGCGAUUUGGUUGCCCAGACCCGCUAAUACAAAUCUGUAAAUGCAAGGAUUCUCCCAAAUGGACUGUACGUACCUCAUGGAUCCUUCAGGCCUCUACUCGUAAAACCACCUACGAUUCACGCUGUAUACACGAUCACCAGCGAUACCCCGGUAAUUAUUCUGAGGGUGUUUGCGAUGACAGCCGGCUAGGAAGUAAUUUGUGUAUUUGAUCGUUGGCGUGGGCCUUGGAGAGAGGGGAGAUGGCGGCCAUCAACUAUAAUGGCAGGACGGCGUGGGCCAUUGCCCUGACGGUGCUGUUUCUGAUAUGGACGGUCAAAUUUCUGCAACCACCCGCAGUGAGCCAUUUACAACCUGCCAGUCCGGUACCAGCAGUAGCAAAAGAGGCCCCGAAGGUCAACCCCUCUAUACCCAAACCGCCGUUGCCCUCGGAGGCCUCAAACAUCCAAGGCGGAGGAGCGCAUGUCGCAGUACCAGACUCGAAGAAGGAAGCUGCUGUUGAAGAGUCAGCAAAGGCAAAAGAAGCCGCAGCUGCUUCCACCAAAGCUGCGACACCACAACCUACAUCCGCGAAGGGUCCAUCAGCCUCUCCCACCGAUAGACCCCUAAUUCUCUACGCCUAUAGCGAAACCCCGAAUGCCCGCACAAACCUAAUUUUCUUCCUGGCGCAUGGCCUCCACCAGAAUGCCGACUUUGUGUUUGUCAUGAAUGGCAAGUCUAGCGCUACUGCUCUCAUCCCCAAUAAGUCGAAUAUACGAAUCGUGCAGCGCGAGAAUGAUUGCUACGAUCUUGGCGCAUACGCGGAGGUUCUCACAACGGACGAUUUCUACAAGGCGUAUCAGAGGUAUAUCCUUAUGAACGCUAGUAUUCGUGGACCGUUCUUGCCUGCGUGGGCGUCGGGAUGCUGGAGCGACAUGUAUCUGGGGAAAAUUACAGAUAAAGUCAAGCUCGUCGGCAUGACAGGAAACUGCCAACCCAUCUUCCACGUCCAAUCCAUGAUCUGGGCCACCGACCGCACGGGCAUCGAGCUCCUCCUCCACCCCCCCGCGGACCCCAAGCUCCCAGCCGACAAACAAGAAGUCGGCAUCAACUCCUGCUUCCACACCUGGGAGACAGCCGUGCACGCCGAGAUCUACGCUACCCAGAUCAUCCUGUCAGCGGGCUACGAGGCGUCAGUCAUGAUGUCUGCGUUCCAUGCUAAGAAGACGUUUGUACAGGACUGUGAUAAGGGCGGGAAUGGUGAUGCGUUGUGGAAUGGGAAGUAUUAUGGUACGAAUGUGCAUCCGUAUGAGACAGUGUUUAUGAAGUCGAAUCGUGAUAUUGAUCCGAUACUCAUGACGCGCUUGACGGAGUGGACGGAUGGAGGGGGGUAUAGCAGCUAUGACCACUGUUGAGGAGGGGUUGUAUGAUGUGUGUGUAUAUAUAAUGACCACUGUUGAGGAGGGGUUGUAUGAUGUGUGUGUAUAUAUAAUGACCACUGUUGAGGAGGGGUUGUAUGAUGUGUAUGUAUAUAUAAUG